AGUGCGGCGCGGGCUGCCACGCCGGUCGGACGUUCGACGGCUGCUCUGCGGCCGGGGUUCCGCCGUUCGGACGCGCCGGUGCCGGUCGCUGUAAGACAAGUUUGAACCCGUCCAGUGUGUGAAAGUACUGCGCGAUGGCCUGCGUCGCGGACUUGGCGAGGACAGUCUGAGUGCGCGUGUGCCGUGUUUAAGACUCAAGCGUGUGCGGUCGUCUUUGUGGAUGUUCUCGCCGCCGACGAGAAGUUCGUCAAGAUGAUGAUUGUCUGCUGGAAGCUCAUCCUGCCGCUGGCGUUUGUGUGUGCCGCGCUGGCGCAGGACAAGUUCUACUUCUCCGUGAGCCCCGAGGACGUCUCCGCGCCCGCGGGCUCGGCGGCCGUGCUGCGCUGCGCCGUGUCCGAGGCCAGGGGCAUCUCGUACGGCUGGACGUACAACGGCCGGCCCGUGGCGGCCUCCUCGCGCCGCCAGAUCCAGCACGUGGACGCCGAGUCGCAGCUGCGCAUCGGGCGGCUGGACCGCGUCCGGGACCAGGGCGAGGUGGCCUGCACCGCCACCAACACCAGCUCGGGCUUCUCGCUCACCAGCAGGACGGCCGUCGUGCAAGUGCAGUGGCUGUCGGAGAGCGCUGACGUGGAGCUGCACACGCCGGAGUCGCCCGAGGAGGUGGUGGACGGCGAGGACGUGGUGCUGGCCUGCACCGUGGACGGCAGUGGGGACAUCCGCGUGGAUUGGUUCAGGAACGGCGAGCGCGUGACGCGCAACAGCCACGUGUCUUUCGGGGGCGCGGGGGCGUUGGGGGGCCCUGGCCCUGGCCGUCGCCAGCUGCACCUGCGCGGCGCCUCGCCCCGCGACAACGGCGUGUACCGCUGCAGCGCCACCAGCGUGGCGGGCACCGUGUCGACGGGGAGGAGCUUCGCCCUCGCCGUGCCGGGCCCGGCCGGCGAGAAGUGGCCGCUGAUCCAGGUGCCACCGCAGGACACGGUGGCGCGGCGCGGCGACGCGGUGCGCCUGGACUGCAGCUACAGGGACGCCAGCUUCACCGAGUGGUACUUCAAGGACACCGGGCCCUUGAAGAACGCCUCCAGGUUCAACAUCCUGGAAAAUGGCUCCCUCCUCCUCACGAAUGUCGGGCGGCAGGACGAAGGUCCCUACGCGUGUGUGGGCAUCCGGGAGGACGCGGAGCUGCCCCAGAAGUACACCGCUCAAUUGACCCUGGCGUAUCUUGAGGAGUUUAGUUCAGCCUCGUUUGAUCCAGAACUGUCCUCAGAUCAUCUCCACAUUAUCCCAGAGAAUGCGCCAUUUCACAUGACAUGCAAACCUCCUAGAGGGGUUCCACAGCCGAAAGUGAAGUGGCUUGACCCUGAAGGUCAACCAAUUUCUGAUUCUGGUCCAUUACGUGUAGAAGAAACACGACUUUACCUUGAAUCUGCAAGUUCUAAAGAGAGCAGUGGAAAUUACACCUGUGUAGCUGAAAAUUUGGCUGGAAUUCGCUCUGAGACUGUUCGCCUCUUAGUAUCCACACCACCAACAAUCACCAAGGACCCUGUUUCAAUGGUAGUUGGAGAGGAUGAACCUGCCGUUUUAACAUGUCACUUCAGUGGAAUGGCAUAUCCUGUCACAACUGUAAGGUGGAGAAAGGAUGGAAAAACUCUAAGGGAUGAUGCAAAUCACAUUCACAUUGAACCGUCAAAUGGAACGUUGAAAAUUAAUUCCGUGGUUUCAUCUGACAGAGGAGAAUAUGUUUGUCUUGUGAAUACUACAGGGUUCAACCCCAUACAUUCAAAGCCUGCACAGAUUCAAGUUAAAGAGAAACUGAAGUUUACUCCCCAACCUGUCAACAAGAAAAUGGAGCUUGGUUCCGUUUCGAAAGUGAACUGCAAGGCCCAGGGGUCAACAGUCCCUACCAUCCAUUGGCUCAAGGAAGGAGGCUUGCCCAGCCAUGUGUCUGUUCACAACGGAACAUUGGUUUUUAAUGGGGUGAAGUCGUCUGACAAGGGUCGCUAUACGUGUGUGGCAAACAAUGCUCAAGGCACAAUCAAUGCAACCAUUACAAUUGAUGUCCAUGUCACUCCGAAGUUCAUUGUCCUGCCUAAGAAUCCAUCAGAAGCUGUUGAGGGAUACUCAGUUAUGAUUGAUUGUGCUGCUGAAGGUGACCCGAAACCCACCAUUCAUUGGGACAAAAACAGUGUCAUGAUGAAUGACUUAGGCAACCAAAGGUUUGUUGUCCUAGAAAAUGGAUCAUUGUUGAUUCAUGAGGCCCACUUAUCUGACCAAGGGAAUUAUGGCUGCACUGCAGGGAACAGUGGAGGAUUCAAAAGAGCAGAAGUUUCACUGUUUGUCCGCAGUGCAGAAGGUUACAUUCCAGACGGGCCAGAUUCGGAAAUCAAUGCUGAUUCCAUGAUGACAAAAACAGUUGUUAUAACUCUUGGUGCAGCUGCAGCCUACAUGUUCCUAGUUGUUGGAUUGAUGGUGUGGUGCCGCUGCAGAAGGAGGAGGAGAAAGCAAAAUUACCUGGCUCAGGAGACAGCUGAAGGUACUAGUGCCUUAUUGGGUAAAGGUGACAAUGUGGACACUGCCUGUGCAGCAAAUGGAGAUGCAGAACUUGGAGAGCGAAGCAAGCGACUCAGCAAAGCCUCCAGUAAGCAGAAUGGUCAUGCUCAUACAAAUGGUCAUGCAAGAAGUGAUGGUGAAAAUACUGCGCAGAGCCAAUCAUCCAACCAUUCCAAAAAGUCCAAAACCAGUUAUGAUGCUCUGUCCUUCGCUCGGGCAGACCUGCAGAAUUUAAUGUUGCUUGGUAAUGGUGAAAUGGGGGAAGUGUAUCUGGCACAGGCGAAGGGUUUAGGUAACUCGACGGCACCGGUGCAAGAUGGAACUGAAAAUAGCAGUAAUUUUGGUGUAGUCAUGGUAAAAGCUCUGAAUCAAACAAGGAAUGAAGCAUCUCUCCUUGAGUUUCGGCGCCAAAUUGACUUAUUCCAAAGAGUGAACCAUCCCAAUAUAGUGUCUCUACUUGGGCUCUGCCGAGAGCAAGAUCCACACUAUAUGCUUCUGCAGUAUUCCGAUUGGGGUGAUUUGAAGCAGUUUCUGUUGGCCUCAAGAGAAAAGAGUUCACGAAAAUCGCCUCAAUCCCCACAACCUCCUCAACCUCCCAAGCCUGCACCUCUGACAUUUGCACAGAUUGUUAGUUUAGCUAACCAGGCAGCUCAAGCACUUGAACAUUUGUCAAAUCUCCGGCUUGUUCAUAAAGAUAUUGCUGCAAGAAACUGUCUUAUUGCAUCUGGUUUGAGAUUGAAGAUUUCACUCUCCGGCCUGUGCAAGGACACAUACAAAAGAGAGUAUUUUGAAUAUAAAAACCAGACAAUGCCUCUGCGUUGGUUGCCUCAUGAAGCUGUAUUUGAGGAUGACUUCUCAGCAAAGUCUGAUGUAUACAGCUAUGGAGUUUUGGUUUGGGAAAUAUUAACGCAAGCAGAGUUCCCAUUCCAUCGAAAGACAGACAAUGAUGUUGUGUCUUCUCUUCAAAACCAUGAACUUCACUGGAAGAUUCCCAAGAAUUGUACUCCAGCCAUGACUGCACUGUUGGGCCGCUGUUGGGCAGACAGUCCCCGUGACAGACCAACUUUCUCUCAAAUUGUUCUUGCCAUCAGUGAAAUGAAAGUUGACACAGAGAUGUAAGCCAUACAGGCUCUUGUUGAAACUAAAAAUUUUUGUAUGUCAAUUAUUUGAAAAUUGAUAUGACGGCAGGAAUGUCCGUCCAAAGCCCCGGGAAUUAAUGCAAUAUUAUGUUAAUUUGACACCACUGAAGACAUCGAGAGGUUGCAUCACCAGUGGAGCCCUCAAUAUUAGUGUAUGUGCUACUUUUCCAAAGCAAACUGGAAAAAUCAUCAAGUAGGCUGUACAGUCUCUUUCAUUUGUACAUAAACAUUAUUUUGAUUCCUUUGUUUGUUUUUUUAAAGUUCUCUAUGAUCAAUUUCUCAAGUUGUUUUUAAACCAUAUUUGCUACUACCGUUUUAUGUAUUUAACAGUCAAGCUUUCUAAGACUGAAGAAAAUCAAACUUAAUUAGCUGAACCAUUUUUAUGGUCUGUUUCUCAUCAGGCCGCUACUUGUAAUAUGUGAUUUUAAUCAGUCUGAUAUUGUAUGUUUUUCACAAUAUUAUUUAACUAGGCAAUGUUAAGGAAUUAAUUGUUACAAAGUUAUAUUAAGACUGUUGAUUACUUUCUUUUUUUUUUUGUGGGAAUGGGUUAUACGUCCAGAUGACUAGUCCAUUACUUUUGUGAUGUGUAAAAUUAUUUUAACUUUGAAAUGAGAUGAAAGUUUUUUCUGGGGGUCUUUCUGUAUUUAAGUACCCUCUCAAAACCAUCAUGUUUGUGCCCAAACCCAAACAGUGUUUGACAUGCUGAAACUCAAUCAUCUGGAAUUUUGGCCCUCUGUUGCCAGAUGUUGAUCUAAUAACUCUUCAAUUGCGGCCGUAUAUAUUUGAUCUCAUAAAAAUAAUCAAUGCUCACUCUUAAGUUUUCUUAAUUUGAGGAUCAUUUUGUUCCCAAAGACUUCUGUCUCUUUUCUGCACACUGCCAUUUAUGUGUUACAUCUACAAAGGUCCAAAGCCCUAUUUGUAUGUAGCAUUAAGAAAGUGGGUGUUUUAAGUGUACAUAUGAAUUUCAUCAAUGCAUGUAUUGUUAUGAAGCACUCAUUAUCUAUUUCAUCCUUUGAUUGUUAGUAUUUUUGUUAUUUCUUCAUGCUUUCCAAUCAAAAACUACUUAAAUCAAUCAUUACAUUUCACCCCUGUAGACGACCAGACAUAUGUGCUCAGGAAGUAAACAGUUCCUACCCCAUUUGCACAGAACCCCAUUGCUUUUGCACAGAACCUGUGAUUUUUCCGACCAAUUUGACUGCAUUGAAAACAAUUCUUCACUUUACUGUUCAAUUUUAUCACAAAGCUGCUCACUGGAAUGCAAAGAUAAGAUGGUAACUUGUUAGGAACUGUAAAUGUGAACUACAUUAUUAUUUUUAGUGUACAAAUGUGUAUAAAUUUUGAAAAAUAUGUGUAUCUAGUCAAUAUGAGUUUUUUUGAAAAUGUAAUCAAAUAAGCAAAAGAAUGCCAUUCAGAAUAAUGACAAAAUAUCAUGCAACGAAACACAAUUAAUAUGAUCCACUGCCUCGUUCCCACACAUAAAUGUUUGUCAGGAAUGUUGCGCUCAAUGUUUUGUCUUUUGACUAAUAUAAUGUUCGUCAGGAAUGUUCUGCUCGAUGUUUUGUCUUUUGACUAAUUUUCAAAUAAACACAUUAUCAGCCAACCUC